AUCUUCAUUUCUAAUCCACUAAUUGUUUCGCCUUUUUUCCAGUGUGACGUCUGUACUGGAAGAAAACACAAAGCCAUCAAGUCCUGUCUGGUGUGUCUGAACUCUUACUGUCAAACUCAUUUUGACCGUCAUGAGGAGUUUAAUUCACGUAAGCCACACAAAAUGAUUGAAGCCACUGGACGACUGCAGGAGAUGAUCUGUCAGAAACACGAGAAGCUCCUUGAGGUUUUCUGUCGCACUGAUCAGAAGUGCAUAUGUGUGCUGUGUAUGGAUGAACAUAAAAACCACAAGACUGUAUCAGCCGCAGCACAGAGGACAGAGAAACAGAAGCAGCUGAAGGAGACUCAGAAGACGCUCCAGCAGAGAAUCCAGCAGAGAGAGAAAGAUCUCCAGCAGCUGAGAGAGACUGUGGAGUCUCAUAAGCGCUCUGCACAGACAGCAGUGGAGGACAGUGAGAGGAUCUUUACUGAGCUCAUCCGCUCCAUUGAGAGCAGCCGCUCUGAGCUGAUACGACUGAUCAGAGAUCAGGAAAAGACUGCAGUGAGUCGAGCUGAAGAACGACUGGAGCGACUGGAGCAGGAGAUCAAUGAUCUGAGGAGGAGAGACGCUGAGCUGGAGCAGCUUUCACACACACAGGAUCACAUCCAGUUCCUGCAGAGUUUCCAGUCUCUCUCAACACCACCUAAAUCUACAGAUGUAGAUUAUCCCUUAUUUUCUCUGUACUCUUCUGAUGGUCUGAGAGAAUCUGUCCAUCAGCUAAGAGACAAACUGGAGGAUUUCUGCAAAGAGGAGCUCAAGAAGAUCUCAGACAGAGUUGCAUUUAUCAGGACCAGGAACUACUUCCUACAAUAUUCCCGUCAGUUCACUCUGGAUCUGAACACAGUGAAUAAACGACUCCGUCUGUCUGAGAGAAACAGAGUGAUAACUAACACUAACACAGAUCUGCCAUAUCCUGAUCAUCCAGACAGAUUUGAUGUGUGGCAGGUGUUGUGUAGAGAGAGUGUGUGUUGACGCUGUUACUGGGAGAUUGAGUGGAGUGGAGAUGAUGGUGUCCAUAUAUCAGUGUCAUAUAAGAGCAUCAGCAGGAAGGGAUUGGGUAAUGACUGUGUGUUUGGACGUAAUGAUCAGUCCUGGAGUUUAGACUGCUCUCCCUCCAGUUACUCAUUCAUUCACAAUAGCAAACAGACUGCUCUCCAUGUGAAGUCCACCAGCAGGAGAAUAGGAGUGUUUGUGGAUCAAAGUGCAGGAACUCUGUCCUUCUACAGCGUCUCUGACACAAUGAGCCUCAUCCACACAGUCCAGACCACAUUCACUCAGCCGCUCUAUCCUGGGUUUAGAGUUUAUAAUGGAACAACCAUGAGACUAUACAAUUUAUUAAAAUAGAGAUAUUCUACCAAAAUGUUUACCAACCCAUUGCUUUAAAAUGCAUUAUAAUUUUAUAACAGUUACAUGUUAUGUGG